AUGAAUUAAACAUAGAAAUUGGCAUAUUAUCCAAAUUUGCUUGGUCAAUCUGAGAGGAUAAUCCAAUAAAAUGUCGAGAGUAAGAGAGGCUUGGAGGAAUAUUUGGCUAUUUUACAAGAAAGAGCAAACAUUGAAGAUCAAUAUGCCAAAUCCUUACACAGACUCUCCUAACAAAUAGAUAGAUCAAGGUAUUUAACUUCUUAUGAAUAUAACAGCAUAACAUAUUUGAGGGAAUAAUUGGUGAAUUAGUUAAGAUAGAAAAUAGAAAGGUUGGAGAAUUUCGUAGAUUUCAUCAGAUCAGAAAUAGCUGAACAGGUUAAAGAAAUCAUAUUGAAUUAAAAUCAAGUGUAAAGAAAGAUUAUUGACGAGAUGAAAGGUCUUGAAUGGGAUUUGUAAGACAAAUAGGACGACUUGAUGUCAGGAAAAUUGGACUAUAAGUUGUAGGCACGAGAGUUAGAGUAAUCAGGAAUUUAAGAUAUGAUCUAUUAAUAUAGUCUUGAUAUUUCAGAAGACAAAGCCAUAAAGCAAGUAUCCAAAACUCAGCAAAUCUAAUAAGAAUGUGUCAAAUUGGAAAGGGAUUUCGAGAUUAUCGUACUAUCCUAUAAUGAAUUCAUUGAUGUUUAUAAAACCAAGAUGGAAAGCUAUUUAUCUUAGAUGGAGUAACAAGAGUAGUAAAAGCUGCUGGUGCAAAAGGAUACCUUGAUGAAGCUCUUUCUAUUUGAGUCUUCCAUUUCGAAAUAGUCAUUGCAAGAUACCGAAAAAUUGAAUGAUCAGAUCAGAAAGACAAAUCUCCAAGACGUCAUAGAGAAUUUUAUUAUGAAAUAUCAAAGACCUCAAGAAGCACCUAGAAUACUUGAAUUCAGACCUUAUUCUUCCUUUUUAUCUAAGACCAUCGAGAGCAUGAGGAGUCAGGAGUACCAAAAGUUAAAGGAUGUCAUCAAAGCACAUAAUGACACAUUCUACAAUAUAUAUGAGGACUAUGUGAAAAAGAAUAAUUUGUAAACUAUAGAGGAGUAAGAAUUAACUCAUUUGAUUAGUCGUAACAGUGUGUAGGCUAUAUACAAGAUUAUGUAAAUUCACAUUAAUUGUGUAUGGAAUGCUAAUGAGAUUUAAAAUAAUGAGACCAUUGUAGGUCUACUUAGAUAAAGCACUUAGAAUAGAUUGCUUUGGUGCUAGGCUUUGGAGAUAUAGGCAAACAAAAGUAACUACAAGGUGCAAUCAAAUGAUGCUUAUGAAUAACUAAUUAAAUGGAGUCAGAAGAUAAUAAAUUUAGUACUUUUAAUGUCCUAUAUAGAGUGUAUAGAGUUUUUGGAUGCUUCCCCAUUAAGAAAGCUAAUCACUGUUAGUUCGUUGAUUCACAUUGCAGUUUAGAAUAAGAAACACUUUUUGAUGUAUAACAUCAAGGAUAACAAAGUCUUGCAGACAGCAGAUUUCAUAGAAGCCUCUGUUGUCCAAGCUGUAUAUGAUGCCUUGGUUGAGGAAAUAAAGGAAGUCACAACUUAGGAAGAGAGAAUAAGAAAAUAAAAAAUUAAUAUCCUGACUUAAUUAUCAAAGAUCUGCUUCACUUUGUUGUAGUUCAACCCAGUAAGUGUAAUUAAAAUCUAUGCAGAGAACUAUUUGAAGUAGUUAUCCGUGGCUCAAGAUGCUACUGAGAAUUUAAUGUUUUAGAUUGAGAGUUUUGAGUAAUUUUGA